AUGUCCGCAGAUUCCACGAACGACGCUGUUCAAUAUUCCUAUGAACCUACUGCCAAGUUGUUUAAAACUAUGAUUGGUGACCAAUUGGAGGUGCUUCAAACCAAAGUUGGGCUCGUGUUCGCCAGAGACCCAGGGAACGUUGACUUCAGGAUGACUGAGUUAGACACCGAGAAUUGGACAAACAUAGGCUUUGAGGAGGCCGAACCAUUAAUUAAAGAAGCAUACAGCUACUGGUUUGAUCGAAUGGGCCUUGACGAAGCCGUUACCUUCACAGAAACUUGCCACAAGAUCUGCUCAUUGAAGUUUGACUACCGACCAAUCAGAGAAACCUUAACAGUUCAAUGCAAAAGAGCAUUGAAUGAAGUGGUGCAAGAUUAUUGCUCCUUUGUUAAAGCAGCUUGGAAAGGCAUUGUGCCAUACGCUUUUCUAAUGAAUAACUUCAUAUCAAUAAAAUUCUCAUUUCAGUUGUGCCAAAUUGAUUUCCCUGUGGAAAGUGCUACAGACGUUACCGAAACUACCAAUGAUGUGUAUUCAUUGAAAAAAUACCAAAUCAGCAAAGACAUCUUAGACAGGAUUACCAUCAGAUCAUUUUACAACGCAGAAACUGCACCGAUUUUUCAAUUACCAACAGAUGAUGUUGGCUCUAAAGAAUGCCACUUCAGUGUCGUGCUUUCCCAUUGGUUAAGACCAUUCUUCAACAUGAUGAAAGGACAAGGGAUACAACAGCCAACUAUCAGAACGACAACCCUAAAUCAAGCAACCACAUGGGCCGAGCCAGAUUGGGAUUUUGAAGCUCAAAGCAACGAAAAUUUCUUUGCAGAAUUGAAAAGAGCUGGACUAAGCUCUUUUUGUAAUGGAAGUGGAGAUCACCUAAAAAUAUUGGCACAAGUGGGUAUUUAUUUGCGAGCCUGCAAGGUCAACAUGGGAUUUGUUGUAACCCCAUUGACCAUUUCCCGGAUCGGGUUUAACGUUCCUGAAGAUUCCAAAGAAUUGGAGGGGAGCUCGAGUGGAGACACUAGCCACUCAGUCACCCCAUUAGAGAUUGAUGUAUUCAAUCACGCAUCACACCUCGAGGGAGGGCUACUUACUGCAUGGUUUAGCAUGUUGAAAGCAAAACCCCUUAGAACAUUGUCUGAGUCAGAGUUACAACAGCUUGAGGUGACUCUUCAGAACUUGAAAACAAUGAUAAUUGAAAAAAAGGAACAAAAGCAGAAAAAAAGAAACAAAACGGUUGGAAAGACAAGAAAGAAGGCACGAAAGCAAUGA